AUGCACGGGGCCAAGCGGCGAAUGUCAAUGGAUGGUACGACCGCACACACGGCCAGAGUUUCGAUGGAUUUGUUGCGAGAAAAUCUCCCUCAAAAACUGAUUAGUCGCUUUGGGGACAUCCCGUGGCCACCGAGGUCACCCGACCUAACUCCAAUGGAUUUUUUUUUGUGGGGCUACCUCAAAGAGAGAGAGUUUACGCCAAUAAUCCGCGAACUGUUGUGGACUUAA